ACCACCAAGAGCCACCAUGGCGAAGCAGAUCGUCCGGAAAAGGGGCUUCAACUGCGGUCGCUUCAUGAAGAAGAACUUGCUCCUCAUGGCCACCAUCGUCGCCGUGGUGCUGGGUAUUGGAUUGGGUGUUACUGUUAGGGAAUAUGGAAAUCUCUCCAAUCUGGAUAAAUAUUACUUCGCCUUUCCGGGAGAAAUUCUGAUGAGGAUGCUCAAGCUAAUCAUAUUGCCAUUAAUUAUAUCAAGUAUGAUAACAGGUGUUGCUGCUUUGGACUCCGGCGUUUCUGGAAAGAUUGGCUUGCGGGCAAUUGUUUACUACUUCUUCACUACAGCUUUAGCCGUAAUCCUAGGGAUUGUGUUGGUUGUGGCUAUCAAACCAGGAGUGUCCCAGAAUGCUGCGGAUAUUGACAGAAUGGGCAGUACACCUGUGGUCUCCACGGUGGAUGCUAUGUUAGACUUGAUUAGGAAUAUGUUCCCAGAAAACCUUGUGCAGGCCUGUUUCCAACAGUAUAAGACCAAGCGUGUAGAAAUAAAGACCACAACGGAAGUAGGCAAAAAUGCUACUGUUUCUACACCAAACCCGCUCUCGACUGUACUGCCAACAGAGACUCCAAAGAGCGGGGUCGCCAAGAGUCGGCGGGUGGCGAUUCGCCUCAGAAACUGA